CCAGGUGGCUGUCAGCUCUAUUGACGUAAAAUUACUUUUUCAGGCAAUCGAUCAAGUCUCAUAUUUUGCUUUGACUAUUGAUUUUUCAAAUUAUAGCGAUUGAUACAGAUAAUAAUUCAGAGGAAUCUGUAAUUACUCAUUCUUUACUUCGCAAUUCAUGUAAAGUAGAAGCUGAGCAGAUAAAAUUGACGCGUCAUAGUCCGGCCAGUCUCGUUGACAGUCCAGUUGUCACAUUAGUGGGUAAAUGUCAAUACGAUUGAGUGACAAAAUGGUUGGAUGCGCAUGUCGGGAAAACUAAAUUCAAUUCGUAGUGGUCUGCGCGAUCGAUUAGCGAUAUUUUAAGAGUGGGAUAUAAAUUUGCAUAGGUUCGAUAUCAAAGAAAGGUGUACGGAUGUCCAAGUGUUCCAAUUAAACCGCGCCAGUUAAAAUUCGACGUCGGUGUGAUGGCUUCAGAAUCGCUUUCGGGUUUGGUUUUCGUGGAAAGAUUUUGUGAAUUUGGUGUGAUUUUUUGCAAAAUUUAGGAUUGUUUAUAUUUAUAAAUGGGCUGGUGGUGUAUGUGAUUGGUUCGCGAUAGUUAUAUUUCGGGUUUUUGUUGUGAUUGCUCGGUUUUAUUGGUGAAUUGUUUGUGAGGUGCGUUUCCGAUUGGGAUUUGUCCUUCUGGUGGUUUUGUGAAUAAUAUCGCGAUGGUGAUACGUUAAUCGAUCAAAUUUGUUUAUUCAGUGCUAUCAGUUUGUGUAGAACUUGCAGCACUUCACUGCAGUGGAUAAGAAUAUGGAGCAGGUAUCUGGCUUUGAAGACCCGGCCUUGUUGAACGCAAGCAGUGGCAGCGGAAGUGGCGGCGUGUUGUCAGCAAGCGGGAAUAACAACAGCGCGUCCAAUAUGAGUGUGGAGCUGUGUUUAGUAUGCGGUGAUCGUGCCUCAGGACGUCAUUAUGGUGCUAUUAGCUGCGAGGGAUGCAAAGGAUUCUUCAAACGAUCUAUACGCAAACAGUUGGGCUAUCAAUGUCGCGGGACCAUGAACUGCGAAGUAACCAAACAUCAUCGGAACCGUUGUCAAUUCUGCCGAUUGCAGAAGUGCUUAGCCAGCGGCAUGAGAAGUGAUUCUGUUCAACAUGAGCGUAAACCAAUUGUCGACAAAAAGGAACAUCCGAUUGCGACUAACACCAUCAGUACGGUUGCUACAAAUUCAUCAACAACCAACAAUAGCGGUAGUGGUACCGGAAAUUCACUUUACCAUCAUACUUCCUCGACUGGAUCAAGUCAUCAUCGUAGUAAAUUGUUCAAUCAUUCAACGAAUUCGGGAACGACUGCGUCGUCAAUUGGGGGUCCUGUAGGGGUAUCAGCUGCAGCUGCUGGUGUGGCAGUAGCCGCAGCCGCUGCGGCUGCAGCAGUUGGUGCAUCGCCUGAUACCUUGAGCAGUGCUGUGUUUCCUGUUGGUUUUAAUUUCGCUGAUUUAACACAAACAUUGUUUUUAGCUGCGACUCCAUACCAAUCUCAGACCCAACAGCAUAGUUCUCAGCAAACACAAAAAUUGGAUCCAGGUCGAAGUUUUGGCUACUCACCAGGUCCUCAUAAUGUUGAUGAUGAUUCCCUUGACAACAGUACAACGGGUGACGGUGCAACGUCUGCGGGUCUAUCAGACAAUCUUCAUCAGUCGACUCCAAAUCCAACAACUGCCGUUUCUUUAAUACAAAGCUCGUUUGAGAAAAAUCUUAUAAAUGAGUCAUUAGAAAUGAUUGCUUCCAUUCAACAACAAUACGAUCAUCGCAACAGCUUAGUCAAUAACUCCAGUGGUAAUAAUAUCGCUAAUAAUAUUCAGAACAAUGUUCCUAACCAGUCAUACAAUUUCAACACCAUCAUAAAAGAGGAACUCAUUAUCGACGAUCAAACAGAUACUCCUCUUCAUGUGAAACAAGUUUCAGACGAUUCAAACAAUGGAAAUGGGAUUGAUCGGGAGACCAAUGAUCGUGAUGAUCACAGCUUUACAUCUGGACUGUUCGAUGCACCGAUCCUUUCUGAGGCUAAUGUUGCAUUUAAUUUACAGAGUCCAACACUAGUUCCACCCUAUCUCAAUGUACAUUAUGUUUGUGAAAGUGGUAGUCGUCUUUUAUUCCUUUCCGUUUAUUGGAUUAAGCGAAUCCGAACGUUUCAACAACUAUCUGAAGAUAUUAAAAAUCAAUUACUAAAACGACACUGGGUAGAACUGUUUGCAGUUGGCCUAGCGCAAUGUUCUCGAUCAUUAUCGAUCUCAACGAUCAUGUCAACUUUGGUUAGUAAUAUUUUACAAUUGUCUGAAUUUGAUAAAGUAGGACAAGCUAGCGGACAGAGUGGAGGCCAAGCACAGAAAAUUCUUAAACUUUCUGAACAUGCAUUUCAGCUUAAUGAGUUCGUACAGAGUGUACAGUCUAUGGCAAUGGAUGAACAUGAAUAUGCUUAUGUUCGACUUAUCAUUAUAUUUAGUCCUGACAGUUUGAACAUCAAAGAUCAGUCAAAGCGAGCGUUGCUUGAGAAAUUACAGUAUUAUGCACUCAAGUGUUUGAGAAAUCAUUUGACUAGUAUCAACUAUCCCGAUGUAAAUGAACGCUGCAGCAAAAUAUUGUUGCGUUUAAUGCAACUACGAUCGCUUGAGUCGUCGCUCAUUGAAGAGCUAUUCUUCUCAAAUUUAAUAGGCCAUGUUCAAAUUGAGUAUAUGAUUCCAUAUAUAUUGAAAUUAGGCGGUGCUGGAGCCUGACGAAACGUUUCAGUCGAAAAUAGUAUAAAAUAGAGGAGAUAAAACUUUUAGGUAAUGUGAAUUUGAUCUUUCUGUUGCUGAUGCAGCGACUUCUGGUUAAAGACAAAGCGAUAACGCGUGCUGCUUGUACUAUAGUAACAUCGAUGAAGCAGGUUAAUGAUAGGAAGAUUAGGAUAGCUCGACUGACAGAAAGACUCUUUGUAGAUUUCAGUCUUCUAAAACGUAUCCUUCCAAAGAUUUCCGUAGACUUUUUAGGCCCCAAAAUCUAUGUCCAUAGCUCUUCAUUUGUAAAGAUAGUCACCUAAUGCCAGCAAAAAAUCUCAGCUGUGCGUUUUUCAGAAAGUUUCGUCCGUCUUUUGAUUUCAAAAUUAAUAUAAAGUGCCUUGUAAAAUUGUGAUUAAUCUUGAAGGUUCUAUGAAGAGUUAGUUGUAUAUAAAACUUUAUAUAAAGAUCAUAUAUUAAAAUCAGGUAGGUUAAUAAUGAUUUGUAGUAUUUCUAAACGAGUAUAUGCUUUGCCAAUAUUCUUAAAAAGUAUCCCUUAGGAAAGAAGCAACGGUAUUAGUAUCACGUGUUUUUUAUAUAUAGCAAAAAAGCCCACGAAUCCUCUUUCCGGCGAACCGAAUCGAGGACCGACCAACUUAAGGAUGGGCUGAAGGGAAAGCCCAAAGGCCGGAUGAUGCGUUUUAAUGCAAAAUGUUCGCGACCAUGCGAAGAUGUAUUGCAAAUAUUUCAAGCAAGCAGUUACAGGCUGGUUCUUAGCUACAGAAACAUUUAGAUGAUAUAGAAUAAGCCCCACUAUCGCCAAAUACCACAGGCUACAAGGAUCAUUGUUUUUUGCAUCUCCAUAUCUAGUCCGGAUUUUUUCUUACUGUUUUUCAAUGUUGUUUUGGUCCAACGGUACGCCUACAUCUGUAAUAUUUUAAAAGUUUUCUUUUUAGUGUUAACAAUGCAUUCAUUUCGAAACAAGAUCAACAAACGGAUUAAUCAAAAUAUCGUCCAUCGUUGGUUACAACAUUUUCCCAUCUCUCAGGCAGUUUUCGAAUUCCAUCACGAAAAAAAAACUUCUCGUCUUUGGAAGUGACCCAAGUUUGAAGCCAAAUUUCGACUUCUUUGAAAGAAGUUAACCAAUUACCUGCCAAAUCGCGUUGCAUCCAUCGGAACAGCCAGUAAUCGGAAGGAGCAAUGUCUCGCGAAAAAUAUACCUACAUGAGGCCGAGCGUGAUCAUGCAAAAUAAUAACUUUGUCGUGCCUUUCCUCGUAUCCUGGCCUUUUUUCUCGUAACGCUCUGUUUAAGCAACUAUACCGAUUGCCCGUAAUGGAAUCACCAGGUUUCAGGAGCUCGUAAUACACAAUUCCCUUUUGGUUCUACCAGGUACACAGCAUGAUCUUCGAACAAUGGUUAUUCGGCUUUGGUGUUGAUGUUGAGGUCGAUGGCAAAGGUUGACCGGACCUGGCGUAGUAUUUUUUCUUCUUGGGAUUAUCAUACAACAAAGUAUGGACAAUCCGAUGCAAAAACCUUUUCUUCUUUGUAUUUCAAGAAGUUGCUCGCAAAUUCACAAUUGCCUUUCCACAUCUCUCGGUUUAAGUUGAUAAGGUAUCCACUUUUCUUGCUUGUGGAUCAAUCCCAUCGAUUUUAGUCGUACUGAAAUUACUUGCUGUGUCACUCCCAAUGAUUUUGCAAGCUCAUCUUGCGUUUGACUCGCAUCUUCAUCUUUUAUAUGUCGGUCAAAUGUGGAGAUUGAUCUUCGACUGAUAAUUUUAUUUGUACACUCCACGGCACCCACACGGAGCACUACACGCUCUCACUUGCGAGCUGAUGAUGUUAAGAUUUUAAAGCGUUUGCGACUAGUCGUAUAAUUCAAGAGACGAAAGAAUAGCGGAAACCGUAAAGCCGCCAUCGAUUCACUUUUUUGAAAAGUUUGGGUGCAAGCCCUAAGUGAGGGUGCGUGGACCAGGAAAGAGGGAGUAAGUUGCUCCCCAUUUGGUCCGGUCCAGCAUUAAGUUGAUGCGGACUUAGGACCCCAUCAUUCUCAAAACGAAUAGCGGAAACGUUUUCAGAAAAAGGUCGCCCGUGGCCGUCUUCGGUCAAAGCUGGAGGCAGAAGAGACCGGUUGUUCUCCAUGCGGUCCCUCUGCCCCCAACCAACGGCACUUUUCACCGCCGGCUUUCCACUCCUGUGGCGAGUUCUAAAAUGCUUGGAGAGCGCCGGUGGCGUCAUCUGAUCACCCACAUUCACAACAUUCAAAAUAAAUUUCAAAUGCCGCGAAUCCUGCUGCGUCACAUCACUCCGCCGCCAGAUGAAACCCUUCCGACCGAAUCCGGAACUGCGUUCCCCAUCAGUCCGCGAAGCGAACGCGACGUUGCUUAGGGGCGCACACGGGUUUCAUUCUGGACAGGGAGGCCACCUUUUUGCGUCCGCCGAUCUCGAGCUGGAAGAAAUGUUCUCCCCGCUCGAGAACGCGGCACGGGCCUUCAUAUGGAGGCUGCAGGGGCUUCCGGACGGUAUCCGUCUUGACCAGGACGUGCGUGCACGUGUCCAGUUCCUUGGGCGCACAGGCAGGUGCGGACGAGUGCCGGGUGGGUGGUGUGGCUUUGAUGCGACGGAGUUUGUCCCUCACCCCGACUCUGUGAGACCCGAUCUCUUGUCGAAGACCGGAUCACUUGGAAGUCUCGGGUUCUUCUCCAUGCGGUCCCUACGUCUCCAAACCAGCGAAAUUUUUUCACCGUCGGCUCUCCACUCCUAUCCUAAGUUCGAAAAAACCGUGGAGAGCCCCGGUGGCGUCAUCCAUCCGCUCGUAUUCGAAACACUCGAAAUGAAUUUCGAAUGCAGCGAAUCCUGCUGCGCCACAAAUGUUCUGCACUUGACGUUUUUUAAUUGGAAGAUUCAUUUUCGCUACAACUUGAUCAGCACUUAGUCGACUUGUUGUUGCUUCCGUCUUUAUUGGGGCGUUUUCGCGUGAGUUUAUCUUAGUAUUGUCUCUCGUAGGCCUUCUUACGCCCUACCGCUCGCCCAUUUUCAACAAAGUCCUAAUGGCUUUUUCAGAUCUCAAAAGCGCGUCAGCCUUACGACGAUUAGACCAACCUAUUUCUUUGUACGUAUGCACUUUUAUCCUUUCUUCAUUACUAACGAAUUUCCCGCGACUCAUCUUCAAAAAACGCUUUUUCUUUUAAAAUGAUUGAUAAUUUUUUUCUAAAGAAAAUAAGGAAAAUACGCCAGUCUCACGAUGGGACACAGAAAAAACAAUAAAAUUCAAUCACCACACGAAAUUUCGAAUGCUGCCAAUCCUGCUGCGCUACAUCACUCCGCACCCAGAUGAAACCUAGGGGUUUCAGCGACCUCCAGCCUUGACGGCACACAGUCAGUGCUGCACGCUCGACGCUUUUAUAAAAAAAUUGUCAAGCGAUUUAUUGAUUGAGGUAAUAACAAUUAAACACAGUAAGUGAUUCCGCUAGCCGGGCUAGUUCUUGUCGAUCGUAUAGCACUGACUGUCCGCGUUCAAGGCUGGAGACAGAAGAGACCGGUUGUUCCCCAUGCGGUCCCUCUGCCUCCAACCAGCAGCAUUUUUUUACCACUGGCUCUACACUCCUGUGGCGAGUUCUAAAACGUGUGGAGAGCGCCGGUGGCGUCAUCUAACCACUCGCAUUCGCAACAUUAGAAUAAAAUUUCGAAUGCUGCCAAUCCUGCUGCACCACAAGACGCUGUCUCACCUCUGCCGUGGGAGCAGCGUGACCGAAGCGACUCACAGAUAUUAUAUGCCCCCUUUUAUAAUUCGCAGAACAUGACAAGGUUGCAAGUUAUAUCCAACGUAAAUCCGUCCACAUUUCGGACCAAAGCUUAGCCGGAGCUAGACAAUUUUUGUUUAGGGAUUGAGGAGUCCUAAAUCCACGUCCACUUGAUGUCGGACUGGACCAAAUGGAGAGCAACUUAUUUCCUCUGCGCUGGUACGAAACCGUAGCCACCUUCGUCCCACUUUUGAUUUUUGAUCUUUAGGUGGACUAGGUAUGGCAGAUUAAAGGCCAGUUAAGGUUUUAUGGCUAAAAAUCGCAUUCUACUUUUUAAAUGCGUUUUUCUCGAAACUGCAUAUUGAAAAUCGGCUGCCACCAUAGCCAAAAAUCUAUCCAACGAACUUCUUUGAAAUUUUCACGACUUAUUCAGAACAUUUUUCUGCGGGCCGCAAGCUAGGAUAAUUGGGAUUCAUUCAGUAGUUUUUUUUUAUUCAUUGAAGAAGCCGGCAUUCACACGGGAUGACCCCCUUAAGCGUUUCAACAAAAUUUUACUGGAAGGCGCCUCUUUAACAACACCAAAUACUUCGAAGAGAGCCAAAUUCAAAAAAAAGAUGAGUACGAAGGGAAUACGAACUACAUAGGUCUCCGCAUACAAGGAGCAGUCUCAAUGAAGCCACAAAGCAGCUUAAAUUGGCACUUAUCAGGAGGAUCAGGAAUCUAAUAUUCAACGAUCCUUGGGUGGGGUUUUUGCUUCUGAGUCCAGUGACUAUUUUUUAACUUUGUAAAAAAAAGCCAAAAAAAACGGCCUUCACACGGUAUGACCCUCUUAAUUAUAACUUUAAGUUCUUAGAAAAAACACCCUAUACUUCAAUGCAAGGUUUUGAAGAAGAAGAAGAAUAUUGAAGGCAAAAUUAUGAUGACUGCCCAACGUCUGGAACGCGGAUGUUAUGUUCCGGAUGGUCUUCUCUUCACGAUUGCCUAACCUAUAACUGGAGUUGGUGAUUGAAGAGUCAUGAAGGAUAUAUCGUUGACAAUUUUUUUGUUGGGAGUGAAUCAUGUUCGCAAACACUUUGCGUUAAAAGGCAUCAUCGCUGUGAUGUGGGUCUUUGGAUGUUGUCUUCAGCCCAUCCUUAAGUUGGUUGCCCUUCGGUCCGGUUGGGCGGGAAGAGGAUUCGUAGGCUUUUUUCCUAUCUCUAUAUAUAUAUGUAACUAAAAAAUACUAAAUUUCGUUUCGAGCUUAUUUGAAACAAUGAAAAUGAUCUAGAUAGAAACGAU